GUCGGAGAGUGCGUCCCGUGGAGACCGAGCGGCUUGGUUGAUCUGCCUGUGACGGCUGAAGCCGCCGCCCGACAGUGAGCGCUGUACCGCGGUAGAGCAGUCGGAAUUUCUCGCUGGCAGUGUUCUUCCGAGGCGAGAAGGAAGACGUGAUGACUUACGGCAGAGACGCAGUAGUUAGUACGCGUCCGGAAUAGCUUGUUGCGCGCGCGCGUGUGUUGUGCUAGGUAUUCGUGGGCGUUCUUAGAGUUACUUCGUGACCGCGAUAGUGUGCGAGCUUUUUAAAUUUGUUCUGCGACGGAAGAAAAAGUUGUCCGGCCGUGAGCUUAUAGAGCUUACGGGUGCAGAGAUGCACUUCGUCAGCGUCCACCUGUAACGCCAUUCUUGUUCUGCGGAAGGUUAGUUCACGUUUUUUGGAGAGUUUGCUCCGUUUGUCUGUAUUACUCUUUAUUUUUUAAUGAAAUUUUAAGCAGUUUGAUUUGACGUGUGUUUGAAAUUUCUGCUAACUAAACUUGCGGAGAUCUUUCGGUGGGUUCGCUAGAGAGUUCAGAUAUUGUUGUCUUCGGAGACCAUAUAUAUCAGGCGUUCUUGGAUUUUCGGUGUGGGAGUGGCAAAAAAUGGUUUUUAAAAAUUUGUAUGAAGACUGCCAGUACCAGAGAAUAGUUUAUUCUAUGGUGUAGAAAGAAGUCAGCUCGGCUUCAUGCAUUUAAGUUCAAUAUUUGUGCGCAUAAUAACUGCAGGAGUGAUGGUUUUUCUAUACAACCCAACACACCCGCAACUCCGCUGUCUCCAUAGUCGCCAAUGCCAACACUGAACAGCAUCUAGCUAUGGUUCUUCCAGGACUACAUGAUUCUACACAAUGAGAGUGCGCCGUGUGCUUCACACGAACCAUGCUCGCUGUGUCAUUCAUGCACUCCGCUCUAAGACAGGAACUGAAAUCGCACUAGUUAUCCGUUAGCGUACGUUAACCUAAUUGCGGCGCAGCCACUCCCUAGGGGAGGAACCGCGGCCGCAAUUCAUGGAACAGCGCGUGGUGGAUCACGAGAGCGGCGCUUAUUCCGAAGGCGUCCCCUCGACGCCGGCGUCUCCGCCCUUAGUCGACGAUGUCUCAGCCAACUCGACCGCGAUCUGGGCAAGUUCGCGCGACGAGUCGCUCGCGCACAUCGAAAUCGCCGUUCUGGCGCUCAUCUUCGCCUUCACCGUCGCCGGCAACGGCUGCGUUCUCGCCGCACUGGCGGCGCGCCGCUGCAAGCUGACGCGGAUGUACUACUUCCUGCUUCACCUGUGCAUCUCGGACCUUACCACCGCCUUCUUCACGGUGCUUCCCCAGCUGGGCUGGGACGCCACCUACCGCUUCCGCGGCGGGGACGUCGCCUGCAAGUCCGUCAAGUUCGUCCAGCUGCUGGGACCGUAUCUGUCCUCCUACGUGCUCGUGGUGACCGCCGUGGACAGGUACCAGGCCAUCUGCUUUCCCCUGUCCAGCUGCUCCUGGACCCCGAGAAAGUCCAAGAUACUCGUGUCGGUCGCCUGGGCAGUGUCGCUGCUGUGCUGCGUGCCGCAGGUGUUCAUCUUCAGCUACCAGGAGGUGUCGGCCGGAGUGUACGACUGCUGGGGCACCUUCAUCGAGCCGUGGGGUCUGCGAGCCUACGUCACGUGGUACGGCGUGUCGGUCUUCUUCGUGCCCCUGCUGGUGCUGUGCUUCACGUACGUGUGCAUCUGCCACUCCAUCUGGCGCAACCUGCGCCAGAAGAGGGAGAGCUCGAAGGCCGCGGACGGUGCCGCGACCGCCACCGUCGUCGUGGACGGGUCCACGCGGGCUGUUCGCCGCGCCUUCCGCCUCAAAGGUGCCGCGGCAAACAGGGACAGCGCCGUGGCGCCCUUCAUGGCUCCGCGCAGCCACUCGGUGCGCGGACUGUCCCGCGCCAAGAUCAAGACGGUCAAGAUCACCGUCGUGGUCAUCGUGCUGUACAUUGCCUGCUCAUCGCCGUUCAUCUGCGUCCAAAUGUGGAUGUACUGGAGCCCGUACGCCAACAUUGCCGAUCCGUGGACGAGUAAGUCAAGACUUUGUGAUUUUCCUUCUUUUUAUUUCUGCUCAAACGCCUUCGUUGCUUUGACUCGCAGAGAAAAAAAAAAAUGACAAGAUGUGCAUUACGUGAAGUGCAAAGCGAUUUUAUUGUGGCACAGAACAAGCGCACACCUAUAAAAUAAAUAAAUAAAUAAAUAAAUAAAUAAAUAAAUAAAUAAAUAAAAGGGCUUUACCUAUAGCCGUGUGGUGCACAGAGAAAGUGAUUUCGCUUACCUUCUCUUUUUCAUGUUUUGAUCCAAACAAAUGACACCCUCGGCACUAAGCUUUCAGGGGGUUGCAAAUGAAGUGUACUCGCUUCGGUACAGUACAUGUAAGUGCAAUAUUUGUCUAGAAGCAAACCACACAAAAAAAUGUUUAAAGAAGUAAGCUUACACGAAUUACUCAACAUGUAGCCGGCACCCUUGGUCAUGGCUUCAUAAUGGUUUCAGUACGGCACCAGCCACACCACACGGUAAGCCGGUGCUGUGAGUGCGAAUUUGGAGGUGUUCUGCGAUGUUAGAAGGUUAUAGUGCACAAUGCAACAAAAAUACGAUACGCUGCGAUAAGAAGGGAAUAUUGUGCCAU